AUGAUGAAGUCUUUUGUCUUGCUCGCAAGCGCGCUGCUGGUCGGCUCUGCCGUCAGCGCGCCGACAGCCGAAAUCCCCUCGUUCACCCAGGCCGAUAUGGACAGCGGCAAAGCCAUCCGGGAGCUAGGGCGGAUCGCCUACGAUAAUGCCAUGGCACGUGCGGAAAAGGCAACGACCGGCUGUACUAAGGACAAGGUGCGAAUCCGGAAGGAAUGGCGCAACAUGACCCUCGACGACCGCCAGGGUUAUCAGCAGGCCGUGCAAUGUCUGAUGGAGAAGCCGCCGCGACACGAGGGUUUGGACGGCGUCCGAUCGGCCUGGGAUGACUAUGGUGCCCUGCACUACUACCAGACUCCCUACGUGCAUAACUCUGCCACCUUCCUCCUCUGGCACCGGCACUACAACUGGGUUCUCGAGCAAGAUUUGCGGGAUCUCUGCGGAUACAACGGUGUCUUCCCUUACUGGGAGUGGGGAUUGGAUUGCGGUAGCAUUGGCUCGAUGGACACGUCACCUGUGUUCGACGGCAGCGAGUACUCUCUUGGAGGGAACGGCGAGUUUAUCGAGGGCCACCGCCCGGCCAUCGGUGGUGCCCGCCCUGGCUCCGGGGGCGGAUGCGUGACCUCGGGGCCGUUUUCUAACUACACCGUCAACAUGGGCCCGGUCGGUUCGCGGGACCCGCUCGCUUACAACCCCCGCUGCUUCAAGCGUGAUCUCAAUAACGAUGUCUGCAACCGCUGGGCGACACUUCGCAACACCACCGAGCCGAUCCUCAACGGCACCGACGUCGCCCUCUUCCAAGCUCUCGUGCAAGGUGAUGGUCGCUGGCCGGAGGCUGCCCGCCUCGGGAUUGCCGUGCAUGGUGGUGGACACUUCAGCAUCAGCGGUGACCCAGGGAGCGAUUUCUACUUCUCGUCCCUAGAGCCGGGCUUCUACCUCCACCACGGCAACAUCGACCGCAUGCACUUCAUCUGGCAAAACUUGGACUGGGAGAACAGACAGACCAUCUCUGGUACAAACACCAUGUUUGACCGGCCGCCUACACCCGAGGCUGUUCUCGAAGACAACAUGGGUUUUGAGCCGAUUAACAGGAAUGUGACAAUAGGGCAGACCAUGGAUACGGUGGGGGGCACCCCGCUGUGCUAUGUUUACGAACCAUGGUAAAGCCCUGAAAUGUUGUGUUGGGAUCGAUUGCAUUGGCACGAAGCUGGCCGUUAAUGUUCGUGAUUUGCCUCUUAGGGAGGACUGGAAGGGGGUUUGGGGGGGCUUGGAGC